CAUACACUGGUGUUUAAUAAUUUUGUGCCCCUCUUAUAGCGGGCGUUUAUUUUUGAGCAUCAGUUUUAUACUUAAAGUCGUCUAAGAAACAACGUCUAUUUUUUCGAAGCGCUAUUUUAAUAAAGCGCAAAAAGGACGUUUAAGGAUUUUUAAUUGAAGUUAUUUUUUUUACAAAAUAACUCUUAAGAUAUAUUAACAAGUGUUAAGAAAAACUUUCAAAAAUGUCAAAAAUUAUUAUUAAAGCUGUUGUGUGUUUAGCCAUGUUUGGCUCAAUGGCCUUCGCAGCUGGUCCCUGUCCUCAAGCUAACGGCACUUAUCCAGUUUCGGGAUCAUGUGAUGCUUAUAUUGAAUGUCGUAAUGGUGUGGCUACCGAACAAGUUUGUCCCGAUGGUUUAUUGUUUAACGAAAAGUCAACUGGUUAUCCCUGUGGUUAUCCCAUCGAUGUAGAGUGUUCUCAGGGUCAAGCCCGUCUCCAGGCUGCCCAACCUACCGACGAGUGCCCCCAUCAAUUCGGUUACUAUCGCAUGGGUGAUUCUAAGAACUGUGGUCAAUUCAAGAAUUGUGCCUCUGGUCGCGGUUAUAUCUUCGAUUGUCCCGAUGGUUUGGCUUGGAAUCCUGCCACCUAUAGAUGUGAUUGGCCCGAUCAAGUUGAAGAUUGUGAUGCUGAAUCUUUCUUGGGUUUCAAGUGUCCCGAUUUGCCAGCCAGAUCUUCUUUGUUAGGUGAACCUGAGGAGGAAUACUUGUUCUAUCCCAAUCCCAAUAAUUGCCAACAAUACUAUCUGUGCAUUGAAGGACGUCCCAGACGUAUUUCUUGCGGUGAAGAUCAGGCUUUUAAUGAAGAAUUGAAACAAUGUGACAAUAUUGAGAAUGUUAGCAACUGUAGUCCAGAGAUCAAGCAACGUGGUGUCGAAAUCAAAAAUGCCCGUUUGGCUGCGGCCGCAGCUAGAGCUGGACAAAAGAAGCGUCUUUAAGUGAAACGGGACAUUAAAAUAUAAAUUUUUGUUGAUAUUUUUUUUAUAUAUAUUUGAUAUUUUUCUAGUCCUUAGUGAAAAUGUAUAAUGAAACUGUUUUUAUUUUGUAAAUAAAAAAGAAAUUGGCUCAAACGAAAAUUAAGCGUAAUAA